UCGAAUACGACUUCGAAAAAAACGACACGACACUAUCUGUAUUCCAUAAGUCGUUUUCGAUCUUGUACACUCGUUUUGAUGUCGUGUGUAAACGUCAAACGACGUUGAAUGCAGUCAUUCUGCAUUCCGUUCGACGAAAGGAUACGACGGCGACAAAAAAAAACCUUUAUUUGUCUCGUUCAAAAAUUCGAUCCCGACAUAGAAAUGGAAGGCCGCAAAACAUUGAAAUUGACAAACCAAAAUCAAUUCGAGACGCUCGUCGAGUUGAUGGGGAGGAACGUGGAGUUAGCGAGAGGUUUUUUGAAGGGAAUUCAAAAAACCGAUGUUAAAAAGGAAUGGGCUGCGAUAGCGGAGCAGCUUAAUAGCAAGGGUCCUCCAGUAAGAGACGGAGACGGUUGGCAAAAGGUUUGGGCCGACAUGAAGCACAAUGUAAAAAAAAAAAUGAUACACAAUGCGAAAGAAUUAAAUGCGACUGGAGGAGGUCCAAACAAGCUUAAAAUUUUAUCUCCACUGGAAGAACAAGUAUCAAAUUUAUUGCAUAUAGGAAAAGUGGUAAACCCGAGCGGAAACGCUAUUGGUAUAUCGCAGUCCAUUUUGCUUCCUAACUCCUUGGCAACUGCCACAUCAGUUCCCUCAUCAUCGCAAACCCACACUGAAGACACAUCGAUGGAAUUUUUGGAAUCCAUUGUCUUAAAUAUGGAAGAACCGUUAGUCGGAUCUGAAGGUGAAGUUCUGAAGAGGGAAACACAACAUCAGAGACCCCAGAAUGAGACCCUUGGAAGGAAACGAACUCGAGCUUCUGCGUUUAAACAAGACAGAGCAGAGCUUUUACAAAAGCAAACUGUAGUUCAGGAUAUUACCUUGAAUGGAAUCAACGAAAGCCUUGGUAAAAUAGAAAAAUGUACCAAAGAGAUAGAGAGAUACUUCAAAAAGUGUUACCGAUUAGAGGAGGACAAGGCCAAAAGAGAUGCAAAACGUCUCAAAAUUCAAGAAGAAAAACUUCUUAUAUAUAAAAGAGAAACGGAAAGAAAAGAAGCGCAAAGAAAAGAAACAAACAAAAUAAAAAUGAUGGACCUGGAAAUACGGAAAAAACAAAUAGAGAUCGCCGAAAAGAAGCUAUCUCUUAAAUAAAUCAUCAAGUCCAAUCUUAUCCAAAGUUUAUUUUUGUU